AUGACUAAAGUCUACCUUUCCAACGGCGACGGCGGUGCUACCAAUGGCACCAAAACUGCAAGCCAAUGGGCCCAAGAAAAGCUCUCCCAGAUGACUCUGGAAGAGAAGGUCCUUCUACUAGCCGGCGAGGAUCUGUGGCGUACGCAUUCGAUCCCUCGUCUGGGAAUUUCCAGGCUCAAGACCUCCGAUGGACCAGUCGGCGUCCGAGGCGGCAUUUUCACAGAUGGUGUGAAGGCUGCCUCAUUACCAACGGGUGUCUCAAUAGCAGCUACAUGGGACAACGAUGUUGUACGCGACCUUUGCAAGGUUCUCAUCGACGAGGCCAAGAGCAAAGAGGUUGACGUGCUCCUUGGGCCAACAGUCUGUAUCCCUCGUACACCCCUCGGCGGCCGCAACUUCGAAGCCUACAGCGAAGACCCUUUUCUCACCGGCAAGCUGGCCGGAACAUAUAUCAACAGCAUCCAGGCAGCUGGGAUAGGCGCCUGUAUCAAGCACUUUGUCGCAAACGACCAAGAAACUCGCCGGUUCUUCAUCGACGAAAAGAUCCCCGAUCGAGCACUACGAGAGAUUCAUCUCCAGCCAUUUCAAAUUGCCAUUCGAGAUAGCAACCCCUGGAGCUUGAUGACCGCCUAUAAUAGAGUCAAUGGUGAUUUCUGCUCUGCCAGCGACUUUCUUCUCCAAGACGUUCUGCGUGGAGAAUGGGGCUGGGAUGGCUUGGCAAUGAGUGAUUGGUUUGGUACCAACAGCAUCGUUCCAUCGAUCAAGGCAGGUCUGGACCUCGAGAUGCCUGGACCUGUCAGAAGGAGAGGUCAGCACCUACUGGACGCUUACAAGAAGGGGCUCUUUGACGAAUCAUUCCUCAAUGACUCCGUCAGCCGUCUCCUUGGGCUGCUGGAGCGAACUGGGAAAAGUAAGAUCCCAGACUGGAAAGAGGGUAAAGAGAAGGCAACCGAUUUGCCAGAACACAGAGCAAUUCUACGCAAAGCAGGAGCGGAAGGCAUUGUUCUGCUCAAGAACUCAGCCAACAUUCUUCCGCUAGAGAGUUUGGAUAACAAGACGAUCGCUAUCAUCGGCCCCAACGCAGCCAGAUCAGUAGCUACGGGUGGCGGAAGCUCUAACCUGGAGCCGCACUACCGAACGACACCAUACGAGUCGCUGAGGACCGAGCUAUCACAGAAAUUCCCCACGGCCAAGUUGCAGACUCACGCCGCCUUCCCUGCCCAUAGAUACCUCCCACUCCUGGACCCAGCUGUCAUGAAGAAUCCAUCAACAGGGGCCAAUGGAUUUCUUCUCUCCUUCUGGAGAAACAUGGAGCAUGAAGGCGAGCCCUUCAUGGUAGAGAACCGACCCAGCUCCAACUUGGUCUGUUACGAUGGUUUGCCACCUGAGCUCACAACCGGUACCAGGUACUCCUACCGUGGGCGCUGCAUCGUGACACCCAAAACAACCGGUCUGCACCAGUUCUCCCUGUCGUCCUGCGGGCCCGGAAAGCUCAUCCUAGAUGGCAAAGUCAUCGUUGAUAUUGAGAGGCACUGGUGGUCUCCCAAGUCGGCGUUGUUCAUGAGCUACGGCUCACCGGAGGAGCGCGUUGAGGUCCAAAUGGAGGCGGGCCGCGAGUACGAACUCGUUUUGGAAUCCAUCAGCCGUGAGCCUAAGCCCUAUGAUAUUGAUUACAUGGCUAUGCUCGAGCGCGAGGAGGUACAAGACGGUGGCCGCAUCGGCUUCUUGGAGAACCAGGGCGACCUUGACAAAUUCUUCCAAGAGGCAGUUGACAUGGCUGGAGCAAGUGACGUUGCUAUCGUCGUAGUAGGCAAGGACCACGAGUGGGAGACCGAGACGAGCGACAUGGUGUCGAUGAAUCUCCCAGCACGAUCGGAUGAGCUGAUAUCCGCUGUUUCCAAGGUUAACCCCAACACCAUUGUUGUGAACCAGACUGGAAGCCCUAUCGCCAUGCCCUGGGAGUCUCAGGUGUCCACAAUCAUCCAGGCAUGGUAUCAAGGGCAAGAACAAGGAAAUUGCCUUGCAGAUGUUCUUCUCGGAUCGGUGAACCCUUCGGGGAAGCUGCCAAUAACAUUCCCGCGACGUCUGGAGGACACACCUCCGUACGAUAACUACCCAGGCGAGAAUGACGUUGUGCAUUAUGGAGAGGGUAUCUAUGCUGGGUACCGCUACUACGAUCAUCGUAAGAUCGAGCCACUGUUCCCAUUUGGCGCUGGGUUAUCUUACACAACGUUCGAGUAUUCCAAUAUCCGUAUCAAAGGGGAGGUCCUGGGUCUGGACGGAAAGAUCGAGGUCAAGGUUGAUGUCACCAACACCGGGUCUCGUGAUGGCAAGGAAGUUGUUCAGUUUUAUGUCAGUCAGACUGAGUCCCGGCUGGGAAGACCAUCGAGGGAGCUCAAGGGGUACGAUAAGGUCUUCUUGAAGGCCGGAGAGACUUGCACCGCUACUACAGUCUUGGAUAAGGUCAGCGUUUCGUACUGGGAUGAUAGCGUCAACAAAUGGGUGAUUGAUGCUGACGCAGAGUUUUGUGUCACUGCGGCUAAGAGUUCGAGGGACAGGGGCGUAUCAUCGACCUUCCGGUCAUCUGCUAAGGGGGGAGCUUGGGUUCAUUGA